AUGAAGAAUGAGGAGGGAGCAAGGGAGGGGAAAGAACAGGCUGAGGACGACUGUGUGAUCGUCAGUCGAACUGCAGAGGACGCGUCAGGCGUCUGGAACAAAGUCCCCCAGGGAAGACAAGGGCAGCAGGGGGCAAGCCCGUCUGAUGGGCCUCAGACGCCUUCGGGAAUCUGGAGGUUCUUGCCAGGGGGGGCUCGCAAUGCGUUUCCUGGCCUGUUGAGCGCAUCUACUCACGGAUCGAGCAAGCCGACAGGGCAGCAGGCGUCGACGGGCUUGAAGGAUGCAGCUGCGCCGCUCAAGUUCCUUGGCAGAGACGAAUGGAUGUGCCUGAUCCCACUGCGGGUGGUGGCCCAGGAGCAGAAGGAGGAGGACGGCAGUCGAAGGUUCUCAGUGGUCUCGGAGGGAGCAUUCCAGCUCCACUUGUCUGGGAGGAAGGAGGGAACCGUAGAGGUGGGGGAGUGGAGUUGUCGCCUGUACGGGCCGUGGGGAGCAACCCUGUCGGAGAGAUUGUUUCGCUUCUACAACAGGUUCUGCCCCGAGAAACUCGGCAACGUGGAAAAACUCUCGGUGGAGUUCGGGUUGGGGAACGAGGGAGUCCUGAACUCUAUGCUGAUGGAGGCGUACGGAGCCGAUCUUUCCUCGGUCACCGAUGAGAACUUUUCCGGAGGAUACUUCGUCGCUAGAGUUCGACGGAUAUUUCCCCUGACGUUCCUCCUCGAGGGAGUCCGAGACUCGGAGGACGAGGAGCGAGUCUGUUCCAUCACGUUUCCAACUCCGAUGAGCAAGAGGAGCAGAUUCAUUGAGAGCCUCGAGGAGCAGCUGCAGCGGAUGUGUGACUAUCGUGUUGAGGUCGAUGGCCAGGAGGUGGAGGCUGCCCUGCAGACGGACGAGCUGGCAGUGGAGGGGAGGAGCGAGGAGUAUCCUGGCCUGAUUGUCAACUACGCGGAGUCCUCGGUGCCGGAGAAGACAGGGCCCCUGCGUGUGGACGAGGAGGGCAAGAGCUACUACGGAGUCCGCAUAGAGGCUGGAGGGCACCAGCUAGCGAGUGGUUUGCGGACUGGGUCCACUUGGGUAGCUGGGCAGAUGGUGAAAGGAACGGACGCGUUCAGCAAGUGGAUCGGGCCAGCGGCGGAGGAGGCCAAAGUGUCCCCGGGGGUCCAGAAGGCUCUAACGUACGCGCAGCAAGGGACAGAGAAGCUCGUCGACAUCUCCUGUGAUAUCAUCGGGGGCCUUGCAAACAUAGCAGCAAAGGGAGUCUCGUGGGGUGCCGAGAAGGUCGUCCAGACUGAGACUUACAAGAAGUGGGAAAAGCAGCCGAUGGGCCCCCGGGCCCGGGCAGCCAAGGAUGUUGCCAAAAGCACAGUCAGCGCUGUCUUCUCAGUUGGCUACGGUCUGAAAGAUGCUGCUCACAUCCUGCUCGACAAGGGGCUCAAGGACUCUGUGGUCCUCGCCAGCCAUGCUCGAUGGGGACAAGCUGCUGGCGAUGCAGCCCGGCGGUCCUGCGAGUCUGUGCUGAACCUUCACUAUGCUGCGGUCACUGCAGGAGAGUUUCUGACCAGGGGAGCAGUACAAGUGGUGGGCAGCCUCGGCAGGCUGAUGGUGCUGGACGCUGCUACCAAGGCCGUGCUAACCGAGGACCUGAAGAGCGGGGAUGUUAGGAUCGAGGGGGCGCUGCUUCUCAACGAACUCAAGGGCUUCGGAGGCUCCUCCUCCGUCUGGAACUGCUACGUGUGUGUGGCUCGGCAGCAGACGAUCGCCCUGUACACGCCCAUCGUCGAGCAGGGAGUGGAGAAGCUGGCAGAUGCUGGGAUCAAGCUGAGCUGCCUGGAGGAGGGAGGCCACAAGAUCGUGGUUGAGAUCGAGAGGGGGAGCGGAGCUGCACGAGGAGGAGAGGUCGAGGUGGGUGACGUCAUCAUCGGGGUGGACGGCAUGUCCGUGCAGCACAUGACGGUGGCGGACGUGGAAGCGCUCAUGAUCGGAGCAGCUGGCAGCUUCGUCCGACUUCAGAUCUGCAAGGGGAAGCAGAUGCAGGUGCUGGCUGACCGCGUGGACGAGCUGGAGGAGCAGCAGCUGGACGAAGACGUCAUGAGCAAGAAGGAGGAGGAGGUGGACAAGCCAGCGGUGAAGGAGGUGAAGGUGGAGCGGCUGCAUGGGAGGAUGGCGGACGGGUUCGAGCAGGCAGUGCUGGAGGAGGCAGGGGACAGCAGCUCAACCGCACCAGUGGAGGGAGGACCUUCGAUGAGCAUCAACGCGUCGGAGACGUCGGCAGCGCAGGGGCGCAAGAAGGAAGAUCUCAACAAGAUGUCCUUCAUGAUCUGCAACACGAGGAGCGGGCCCGCGAAGCUGCAGAGAGCGAUCUUGAUCCAAGAUGUCAGCAAAGUCAGCCUGCUGGAGCCGCAGGAGUAUGGCAGAGAGCACUGCUUCAAGCUCCAGAUUCACUCCAUGAAGGGAGUCUUCGCCUUUCAGGCUGCCGACGCUUCUCUUGCUCAGGCCUGGGUCCAGCAGAUCCUGAGCAUGAAGGAGGAGUACGACGAGCUGCAGAAGAAGGCCUACUUCGGUAAGGAGCCAGCUCAAGCGCAGCAGCCCUCUAGCUGAACCCGAUGACUCCGAGGGCGAUGUGCGUGGGAGGUCGACGGGUUGCGUUCUCACCUCAGUCCGAAAGAAGUUUGUUGUCAUUACUCAAGCACCACUAUCC